AUGAAAUGCAGUUGUUCACAAUCAGAAAAUAAUGGAUUUAUUCAAUUUGCGCGACGAUAUCUUCAAUGUCAAAGUUCAAUGCCGAUUCGGAGUAUUCGAUCAUUCAUUGAAACGAUAUUACCUUAUUCAAAAAUGAUAAAAGUAUCAAUAUUUGAUAUAAAUAAUCGAUUAUUAAAAGAUUCAGAUCGACUUUAUAGUUUAAAACAUACUUGUUCCUCAUCAAAUUACAUUCCUCUUCGUUUUACUCUGACAAAUACUAUUACGUCUCUAGCUAAUUGUUCAUGUAUAUCACCAUCAACGGAAUCGAAUUCGUCAUCUUUACCAACAAUAAUUAAACAGGAAAACAUCAAUCAAAUACUUUCAACAUGUGCUAUUACUCAGCAAAUAUCGAGAUUUUCAACAAAUCUAUCAUCAUUACCUCUUUCAGAUCGAUCCAAAACGACAAAAGAUUUUGUUAAUGUUUUACAACCAUUGCCAGUGGAUAUCGGUUUAGAUCUUAAUCAAGAAAUGAUAGAUCGUAUAACUACAGAAUUUGGUGAAAUAUGUCCAUCAUUACCAACAUUAAAACGACAUUCAGAUAAUCAGGAUUACUCAUCAGAUCAUCCUCUUGAUUUAAGUAUGAAAAAACAUUCAUUAUCUUCACAAUCAAAAUGGAUUAAAACAUAA